AUGGUCGGCACGCGAGGUCCGGUGCCGGUACCUCUGACCGAGACCAAUGGCGCUGGACGAGACCUCACCAUCGACAUUCUCCACCACCUCGAAACGAACGAUCCUUUCCAGUCCGAUGUUGCCUAUCCGGACAAAAGCCAAGCCGAGAUCAAGGCAGCUCUGGACCGCCUCGCCAGCAGGGCCAUGGUCGAGUACGACACGAACGACGCCGAGCAGAUCACCUUAACCGGAGAAGGACAGCAGAUUGUGGACGAAGGCAGUCAUGAGUACAAGGUCUGGCAGCUGGUCAAAGGGAAGGGCAGAGUGCCGCCGAAAGAUCCGUCACUGGCGACGCCCUCGGCGAAGUUGGGCUCCGGCAAUGCGAUCAAGGCGGGCUGGAUCAAGAAGGAUGGUGAUGCCUUCGUGGCAGUGAAAGACACUGUACAAGAUGCUACGAGGGAGACUCUGAAGUAUGCGGCGGAAUACAAGACAAUGCCCGACCAACGGCAGCUCAAAGACUUCCAGAAGCGAAAGCUGGUCGGUGUCACCAAGAUCAUCACCUACGAGGUGCGGAAAGGCCCGCGGUGGGCCAAGGAGAUACCUCUUGAAGUGACCGACUUGACGGCGGAGAUGCUGGAGGAUGGAAGCUGGAAGUCAGCCAACUUCAAGCCAUACAACUUCAAGGCGCUUGGCGCGCAGCAGAACUCAGGAGCGCUACAUCCCCUGAACAAGGUGCGCGAGGAGUUCAGGAAAAUCUUCUUCAAUUGGGACUUCAUCGAGAUGCCCACAGGACGCUUCGUUGACACCGGCUUCUGGAACUUCGACGCCCUGUUCGUCCCACAACAGCAUCCAGCGCGUGAUGUACAAGACACUUUCUACGUCUCGGACCCCCCUGAAUCAGGCCUGCCUGGACCUGAUGUACCCGCAGACCGUGCACUCGACAAGAUGGAGGCCGAAUCCAUGCUCUUCAGCUCAGGAGACGAAUCUGGUCGCAAGAAGCUCGACUACGCACAAUACUACAAGGACGUCAGAGCUGUUCAUCAAGACGGCAAGUUCGGCUCAAUUGGCUACCGGUAUCCAUUCUCCGACUCUGAGACCACACGACUUGUCCUGCGUACACAUACCACUGCUGUUUCCACCUACUGUCUACAUCGCCUCGCCGCAAACCCGAGACCCGCCCGCUACUUCUCGAUUGACCGAGUUUUCCGUAACGAGACGGUCGAUGCCACGCAUUUGGCCGAGUUCCACCAAAUCGAAGGCGUCAUUGCAGACUACGGUCUGACACUGGGAGGUCUGCAGGCCUUCCUGGGCAAGUUCUUCGAGCAGCUCGGCAUCACCAACCUUCGCUUCAAGCCCGCCUACAACCCUUACACCGAGCCAAGUAUGGAAGUCUUCGGCUUUCACCGUGGUCUCAACAAGUGGGUCGAAAUUGGUAACUCAGGGAUGUUCAGGCCGGAAAUGCUGCUGCCAAUGGGCCUGCCGGAAGAUCUACGAGUGUACGGCUUCGGUCUGUCCCUGGAACGACCGACGAUGAUCAAGUAUGCGGUGAGCAACAUUCGUGAGCUGCUCGGCCACAAGGUCGACCUGGGAUUCAUUGAGAGCAACGCGGCAGUCCGGCUGGAUAAAGACUAG